GCAAUUCGUACUUGUUCAUUGUUGAGUACCUUCUAUGUUCCAAGUCUUGUCAAAUAGUUAUAAAAAUGUUAAUAAUUUAGAUGUAAAAGUAAUUGUUCUAAAUCAAAAUUAGGGUUUAUGUUCAGGAGAGUUUGACGACAAGUGUAUUUCAAUAAGAUAUAUUGUCUUUGACCUACUUUUAAAAUUAAGUAACGUAACUAAAUGGCAAAUAUUGAAUAAGUACCUACAGUGUAGCUGUACUACUUACAUACCUUCACUUGCAGCAAAAGUAAGGAAAGGACGACGUGUAACAUAUUUUUUUACAAAUCAAAGUGAAUAUGAGCUUUAACAAUGUUGUUUAAACUAAAUUUUAUUGUAAACGUUGUAUAGUUUUGUUAUUAGAUCAAAUACAUUUUAUGUAAUUUAUAGUUUUGGAAAAUGUUGUUGUAAAUAAAACGUGUUAAUUUUCUUCCAUUAAAUAAUAAAUAUUACCAUGGGUCUUCUUAUAUCGAAAAUUUGGAGUUUAUUUGGCAAUGAAGAACAUAAGUUGGUGCUAGUGGGUCUUGACAAUGCGGGAAAAACAACAAUACUGUAUCAGUUACUCCUGGGAGAGGCUGUUCAUACACGGCCUACUAUUGGGUCUAAUGUUGAAGAAGUAGUGUGGAAAAAUCUACGUUUUGUAAUGUGGGAUCUUGGUGGACAACAAAGUUUGCGCUCUGCCUGGAAUACAUAUUACACUAACAGUGAGUUUGUAAUAAUGGUCAUAGACUCAACUGAUCGCCAGAGAUUAAGCAUAAGUCGCGAAGAGCUUCAUAGAAUGUUGACACAUGAGGAGUUGAGCAAGGCUUGUCUCCUUGUAUAUGCUAAUAAACAGGAUGUAAAAGGAUCUAUGACAGCUGCUGAAAUUUCUGAACAACUGAAUUUAACAUCUAUAAAACAUCACCCUUGGCAUAUCCAAGCAUGCUGUGCUCUAACUGGAGAAGGUUUGCACCUCGGCCUUGAAUGGAUAGCCAGUAGAAUAAAGAAGAAAUGACGAAAAUAUUAAUGGUUGAUUUUAUUAUUAAGCUCUACUGUUAGAACAUCGAUAAGAUGGAUCAUAAUAUUUUAAUAAAUAAAUUUUAACAAAUUAUUGUGGUAUUUGAAUUAAUGAGAAUUUUUGAUGAUUAGUAUAUUGUAUUGGUUUGUGGACAUAUACUGUAAAUCAAACAAAGAUUAAUGGAUA